AUGACUCUUCAAACACUUAGAGAAAAGCAACUAUAUGGGAAAUUAAAGAAGUGUGAGUUUUGGCCUGAUGAAGUAACAUUUUUGGGGCAUGUUAUUAACAAAAACGGUAUCUCAGUUGACCGUCAGAAAAUCGAAGCAAUUGUUGAUUGGCAUACUCCAACUAAUGUAACAGAAGUUCGUAGUUUUAUGGGAUGGCCUGGUUAUUAUUGGAGGUUUGUUAAAGACUUCUCAAAGAUUGCAGUGCCAUUGACUCAAUUGACUCGAAAGGGAGAACCAUUUGAAUGGACCGACCAAAGAGAAUCUGCAUUUCAAGAACUAAAGACAAGAUUAACCAUAGCUCCAAUCCUCACUAUACCCUCAGGCAAAGCCAACACUAUAGCAGAUGCACUCAGUAGAAAGAAUGUGGGGAAUCUAGCCUGUUUGCUCACGGAUCAGGAAGAAUUACUAUUAGAGUUUGAAUGA